CUGGCUGGGCUGGUGGUUGGCUGGUCAUUUGACUGUGGUGUGAUGAGUAUUUCAUUCGUUCGUAUGCUCGUUCGUUUGCCUUCGUUGGUACUCUACUCAACUGGCUGGCCGUAUGGCUGAUACAAUGACUUGCUAUAGGCUGGCUGGUACUAGCAACGACUUUAUACUAGCGAACUGGCGAACGAAACACUUGGUAUCUGGUAAAGGCAAGCAAGCAAGCAAAACCAAAAACCGAAGGCAAACUCAACUAAACUGCAUUGAAUAAAAUCUAAAGUGAACACGCAAGGCAAAACUACAAGGCAGCCAUAGCCAGUGGAAGUAUAGAAGAAAUAUUAAAUUUUAGUGCGUGAAUUCAAAACGAAAUUACAGCGUUUUUUCCCACAGUUGAAAUUGCCAAUUUGCCGAUUAGCUGUGCUAAUAAUCUGUACUAAACGUUUCAAAUUUGAACAAUCCCAACAAAUAUUCAAAAUAUGGCCGGUGAACGUCCAAAGCGUCCUCUGUCAGCUUAUAUGCUGUGGCUGAAUGAGAAUCGUGAGCAAAUCAAGAAAGAUAAUCCCGGCAGCAAAGUCACAGAUAUUGCCAAACGUGGUGGUGAAUUAUGGCGUGGAAUGAAAGACAAAUCUGAAUGGGAACAGAAAGCAAUGAAAAUGAAGGAAGAGUACAACAAGGCCGUCAAAGAGUAUGAGGCCAACGGCGGCACAGACACCGGUGCUGCCAAGAAGCGGAAAGGCAAGCCCGCCGCGAAGCCCAUUAAGAAGACAAAGAAGAAAGAUACAUCCGAUGAAGAAGAAGAGGAUGAGAGUGACUAAGCGCUGGCGCGCUUGCAAGUUACUGGCGUUUAGCGGAGUGACGAAAACUUAAACUAUAAGUUUUAAAUAUUUUAUUAAAGUAAUUUUAAGUGGCAUAUACAAAUGUAUGUAUACAUAUUUACGGAUGACAUUGAUGGGUAACUUUAGUUAUACAUACAUACAAAUAUAUGCACUCAACAAAACAAAAACAAGAAAGAAAAUACAAAAAAAAAUAUACAAAAAAGAAAAAAAAACUUUACUUAAAAUAAAAUAGCCGUAAAAUUAAUACAAGUACAUAAAGUUUCCAGUUUUUAAAACGUUACAAAUACGAAAAACCACAUAAGAGGAAAACAAAUAGCAAAACAUUUUUGUAUUCCUUCCAACUGAGUUAAUUUUCUCAUUUUGAUUUUCCUUCAAAUGAUUUCCUACUAUAUAUUUU